AUGGUGGAUGAUCCUUCAACGGAUUCGAUAGUAUCUUGGGGUCCUGAUGGAAGCAGUUUCAUCGUUUGGAAACCGCUAGAAUGUAAGAGAGACCUUCUUACCAAGCACUUGCAGAUCUACAGCUUCGCAAAGUUUAUAGCAUACGGGUUUCGUGAAAUUGUUACUGGAGAAGAACACUUGGAAUUUGCGUGCGAUGAUUUUGUGAGGGGCAAGCCUGAGCUUUUGGACAAGAUUGGUGAACGCUAUGCUGCACUGUUGCAACCAUUUAUUGAUAGGAAUGCCCGACUUGCUGAGAGACUGAAAAACUGCAAGAACAACGAAGAAAGGGAAUUAGUCAUCAAGGAGUGGACGGAGAUGCUUCACAAGGAGUUGAGGGAGAAUUUGGAGGCAUCUCAACUGGCAGCGGCAAUAGAGCGGCUGAGGGCGAAAAGGCUCCAGGAUCAAAUGCAUCAUGCCAGGAAAGAUGCGACACAAGUUGUUGCAAAUCUCCAGAGGCAGCAAGUCAGUUCACGUCUUAUUGCGUCUGAUUAUCUCCAAUCCAACCUUGAUCUUUCGGAUGUUCUAGUCCAAGGAUUCGAAAACACAGACAUGGCGUUACACUAUGGUACUAUGUUUAGAGAGUGCAUCCGCCAUCAGAUUGUUGCAAACUUCCCAACUUCAACAUUGCCGCUGAUCCUGCUGCAACUUUUAAGGCUCCCAAACACUGCACACAUACUUGAAAUCCUCGAACUCGGCGGACAGAAGAAGAGCAUAGGAUUUUGUUCUUGUUGGGUUUGCAAAAGCUUGGAAAAGGCGAUUGGCGUGGAAAUAUGUGACAAUGAGGACUCCGGCCUACACAAGUUGCUAGCCAUUCUCAGAAGUACUUCAUCAGGCAGUGCAAUGUAUCUCGCCACUCUGUUCCAGCACGGUUGA